AUGCCUGCUUUGGACGAAGACAGCCUGCGCCAGGAAUCGCGGAUGUCCAGAGAUGCGUUUUUAAGAAUUGCGUCGUUAAUCGAAAACCAUCCCUUGUUCACCUCAGCGACUGAGAAACCACAGGCCAGUCCACAAGAACAGCUAAUUGUUGCCCUUCAUCGCUUUGGCACUUUUGGAAAUGCUGGAUCAAAAGGUAUGGUGUCACGAAAAUUCGGAAUUAGCUCUGGGACAGCUCUACUGUAUACACGGCGCGUGAUCUGUGCUUUAUUGUCACUGGAGAAAGACGUAGUGAAGUGGCCGACAAUAGCAGCAAAGCGAGAAAUCAAGCAUGCCAUAAACGAGCAAUACGAUUUCCCCCACUGCAUCGGUUUUGGAGAUGGGUUUCACGUUAUUUUGGAAAAUAAGCCAGCUUUUCAUGGUGACGAUUAUUUUACGAGAAAGCGGCGGUACGCACUAAACACAUUUGCGGUGCGGUCCUGUGGAGUCAGCUGGAAUUGUACAACUACCUACAUGCGUGUGGGAAUAAGAACUUUAAUGACGAAAAAGCUGGACCACACUAGAGCGGUAUUAUGGACUCGCGCAUGUAUUAUUCUUCACAAUUUAUUGCUGGAAGACUACUAUGACCCGCUGUGGAACGAAAAUGAUGACGACAGAGAUGAUGAAGAAGACGCAAGUGCGGUCGGAAUUAACAUCGAUAUGGACGACACACAAGCUGGAAAAGAGAAGCGGGAUUUUAUCAGAAAUUAUGUAUUAUUAGCUCGGUCAUUACAUAAUUAA